AUGGCAAGCAAAUUCAUUGGUGUGCUCAGCAUUUUGGCUUUAGCCGGAAGCUGCAUGGCUGGAAUAGCCUCAUACGCAUACAAUCCUUACGCCUCCUCAGCGGCUGUAACUUAUGCCAGCCAUACACCAGUCUAUCACCACCAACCAAUUGUAUACCAGCAAACGGCACCACUUAUCACCAAAACGGUUCUACCAGCAGCGCCAGUCUUUGCUAAAACCGCCUAUUUAGCACCAGCUUCGUACGUCAAAACCUCACCACUAGCAGCACCAGUCGUAAAGUCUUAUGGCGUUGCACCAGUAGCAACUGUGCAAACUGUUUCACCAGUAGUAACUAAAACCGUCGUUUCGUCUGCACCAGCACCCGCUAUCGCUACUGUACCAGUACUAAAGAAUGUCGAAUAUGCCGCUGCACCACGCUACGAUUUCUCGUAUGGCGUACAUGACAGCAUCACAGGCGAUAUCAAGCACCAAGUGGAAACACGCAGUGGUGGAAACGUUGCUGGUUCAUAUAGCGUAGUCGAUGCUGAUGGGUUCAAGCGCACAGUCACCUACACCGCCGAUGAUGUCAAUGGUUUUAAUGCUGUUGUUCAAAGAGAACCAAUUGUUGCUAAAUUGACCCCCGUUGCCGCUGCACCUGCUAUUCCAGUCCAACAUAUACAACAUUUGCCGGUGCAACAAAACUUACAAUACUUGCCACAAGCCCCAGUGCAACAGCAAACAGUUGAGGUACAGCCUGUUCAGGAAGAAUUUGUAAGCGCGCAACCACAACAAGAACUUGAAGUACAACAACCAGUUGAAGUUCCACAACAACCCGAAGCAGAACCAGCACCAAUUGAGUAUCCAGAGCAGCAGCAACAACAGGAACAGUUGCAAGAAAUCAAAGAAGAAGAACAACCACAAUACCCAGAGGACCAACAAUUCCCGCCUUAUCCACAAUACGAAAUACCACAAUCCGAACCUACUAAUGACUCCAAUCAACCAGAAAAUGAUGACUCCGAUGUGGUGGAGUUGCGUACAGCCAAAGACAAUGGCUCCUCCACAGCCGCGCCAGCACCAGUAACUGAAGAUCAAAAAGAUGACGAACCACAGGGUAAACCACAAUGA